UGACGUAACACACCGGCUGAGGAGAAGCUGUCUCCAACCUCAGACCGUGUAUAGGAUAACGGUGCCCUGGCGUCACAAAGUGAUAAGGUGAGGUUUCCAGAACUGACCCCAUUAGGACAUCGCUGUCUAUUAUUUAGUGGAGGACAUAGAGGGUCUGUACCAGGACAUAGUCAUGAUGGAGGAUCACCGGCCCCUUACAUCACAAGAUAGAAAUCCACCCGAGAGGUGUCCCCGUCCUCUGUAUUCCCAGGACUGUCCAGAGGGAAACGUUCCAGAGAACCAUCAGGUUGAAGAUCAGAUUAAUAUUAAGGUUGAGGUUAAAGAUGAACCAGAAGAGGAGACGGAUAUCUGGGCUGAUCCCGCGUCUACGAGGGAAGUGAAGGAGGAAAUUCCAGGAGGUGUUACCCCAGAUGGAGUCAUUGAUAGAAAUCCACCCGAGAGGUGUCCCCGCCCUCUGUAUUCCCAGGACUGUCCAAAGGGAAAUGUCCCAGAGAAGCAUCAGGUUGAAGAUCAGAUUAAUAUUAAGGUUGAGGUUAAAGAUGAACCAGAAGAUGAGACGGCUUGUUGGUCCAAUCACCCGUGUAUGAGGGAAGUGAAGGAGAAAAUUCCAGGAGGUGUUACCUCAGAUGGAGUCAUUGAUAGAAAUCCACCCGAGAGGUGUCCCCGCCCUCUGUAUUCCCAGGACUGUCCAGAGGGAAAUGUCCCAGAGAACCAUCAGGUUGAAGAUCAGAUUAAUAUUAAGGUUGAGGUUAAAGAUGAACCAGAAGAGGAGACGGAUUUCUGGGCCGAUCACCCGUGUAUGAGGGAAGUGAAGGAGGAAAUUUCAGGAGGUGUUACCUCAGAAAAUCCCAGUAAGAAUUCUGAGGGAAACUUCAUGUUAUCCCUGAAUGAUAAAGGAGAAGAUGAAGAUAUGAUGGAGCGCUCCUCAGGAGAAGACCUCCUUACCCCUAAUGUCCAUCCAGAUCUAUCCUGUAAUAAUCCACCUGAUCAUGAGGAACCUUCUCCUGACCAACCACACAUUGUUACCACAAGGACAGAGCAGGAACAUGGGAAAGGUUUAUAUUGUGAGGAAUGUGGGAAAGAGUUUACAAAAAGAUCAGAAUUUAUUAGACACAGAAAAAGUCAUAUAGGAAAGAAGCAGUAUGUGUAUUCAGAAUGUGGGAAUCACUGUAAAAGUCAAUCAGAUCUUGUUAAACAUGAGAUAAUUCACAUGGGAGAGAAACCAUAUUUAUGUGGUAAAUGUUUUAAACGAAAAUCACAUCUUUCAGAACAUGAGAGAAUUCACACAGAAGUGAAGCCAUAUUCAUGUUCAGAAUGUGGUAAAUGUUUUAAACAAAAUUCACAGCUUUCAGGACAUAAGAGAGUUCACACAGGAGAGAAGCCAUAUUCAUGUUCAGAAUGUGGUAAAUGUUUUAAACAUAAAUCACAUCUUUCAAAACAUGAGAGAAUUCACACAGAAGUGAAGCCUUAUUCAUGUUCAGAAUGUGGUAAAUGUUUUAACAGUAAAGCACAGCGUGUUAUACAUGAGAGAAUUCACACAGGAGAGAAGCCAUAUUCAUGUUCAGAAUGUGGUAAAUGUUUUAAGAGUAAAUCACAGCUUGUUAAACACGAGAGAAUUCACACAGGAGAAAAGCCGUAUUUAUGUUCAGAAUGUGGUAAAUGUUUUAAACGAAACUCACAUCUUUCAACACAUGAGAGAAUUCACACAGAAGUGAAGCCUUAUUCAUGUUCAGAAUGUUGUAAGUGUUUUACCAGUAAAUCACAGCUUGUUAGACAUGAGAGAAUUCACACAGGAGAGAAACCAUAUUCAUGUUCAGAAUGUGGUAAAUGUUUUACACGAAAAUCACAACUUUCAGAACAUGAGAGAAUUCACACAGAAGUGAAGCCAUAUUCAUGUUCAGAAUGUGGUAAAUGUUUUAACAGUAAAUCACAGCUUGUUAUACAUGAGAUAAUUCACACAGGAGAGAAAUCAUCUUCAUUUUCAGAAUGUGGUAAAUGUUUUAAACAAAAUUCACAUCUUUCAGAACAUGAGAGAAUUCACACAGAAGUGAAGCCAUAUUCAUGUUCAGAAUGUGGUAAAUGUUUUAAACGAAAAUCAAAUCUUUCAGAACAUGAGAGAAUUCACACAGAAGUGAAGCCAUAUUCAUGUUCAGAGUGUGGUAAAUGUUUUAAACGGAAAUCAAGUCUUUCAGAACAUGAGAGAAUUCACACAGGAGUGAAGCCAUAUUCAUGUUCAGAAUGUGGUAAAUGUUUUACCAGUAAAUCACAGCGUGUUAUACAUGAGAGAAUUCACACAGGAGAGAAGCCAUAUUCAUGCUCAGAAUGUGGUAAAUGUUUUAUAUGUAAGUCAAAACUUGUUAUACAUGAGAGAAUUCACACAGAAAAGAAGUCUUCUUCAUGUUCAGAAUGUGGUGAAUGUUUAGAACAAAAUUUACAUCUUUCAGAACAUAAGAGAAUUCACACAGGAGAGAAGCCAUAUUCAUGCUGAGAAUGUGGGAAAUCUUUUAUAAGUAAGUCAAACCUUGUUAAACAUGAGAGAAUUCACACAGAAGUGAAGCCAUAUUCAUGUUCAAAAUGUGGUAAAUGUUUUAAACUAAAAUCACAACUUUCAGAACAUGAGAGAAUUCACACAAAAAUAAAGCCAUAUUCAUGUUCAGAAUGUGGUAAAUGUUUUAACAGUAAAUCACAGCUUGUUAUACAUGAGAAUUCACAGAGGAGAGAAGCCACAUUCAUGUUCAGAAUGUGGGAAAUGGUUUAAAUAUAAAUCAUAUCUUGUUAUACAUGAGAGAACUCACACAGUAGAGAAGCCAUAUUCCUAUUCAGAAUGUUGUAAAUGUUUUAUGUUUCACAAUGUUUUUAUUGAAUUUUAUAAACAUAAGAAAUGUAACAUAUAACAUAUUAUGACAUCAGAUGUGUCAGAGUUUACAUAUUCUGAAUUCUACCAAAUACCAGACAACUGCCUGAUGCAGCAAUUUAGAUUGAUUUUGUAGAAGUUAUGGAGACUCACUAUUUUAUUGUUUUAUUGUUUUCCUUCCUAUUGUUAUUAUCUUACUCUCAAAUUUCAAUGAAGGUCCCUUUGGACCUAAUAAAUCCUUUGUGAAUAUGCAUAACACUGUAAAUGUUUUAUGAGUAAGUUAAAACUUUCUGGACAUGAGAGAAGUCACACUGGAGACUGAUAGAUAAAAUAUAAAUGAUAAAAAUAUAAUAAUAUGGAGAAUGGAAAUCUGAGAUCUCAGGUAACAGUAAAAUGUGAUGUUUCUAAGUUCUGUUGUGAGAAUUAACCCUCGAAUAAACUUCAUAAUGAAACCUAAGCAGAAGCUAAAGCCAACAUCAUCUCUUGGUCAUCAGCACCUGGGGUCAUGUGACCUUUGUAGGUAAAUAACGGUAAUGAGAAGUAAUAUGUAAUGCUAUUGUGUAUCAUUUAGUAGUGACUUGUAGCUCUACACUACAGUAUGAUUGGAUGAUUUCUAUGGAUGAUAAUGAUUGGUGAUUACUAUGUAUUACCUCGGCCUCAUUUCCAUUAGAAAUAUUACUGAUUGUAUCUCAUGUGUCACUUCUGUCCUAUCAGGAUCAGGACACUUCUGUGUUGUCACCAAGAACCCUUAGGCUGGGGUCACACACAGGAUUUUGGUCAUAUUGGGGGAGAUUUAUCAUUGUCCAUUUUUGUGUGGGUUUUCUUUUGUGCUGUUUUUGCUGUUGUAAGCCGAAUUUAUCAAAAAGGCGCAAGGACUUUAAAUUCAUCUCAGCCGCCAAAUUAGAAGGUUCCUUUUUUUUUAAUUAUUAUUUUAUUUCCAUUUUCAAAAUUACAAACAACAUACAUAUCCACAAAACAUUACAAUAAACCCCUCCCUCCCCUAGCCUGGCACAACCCUAUCUUCUUAUACUCAUCCGCUCUUCCAUAACGCCCAGUUUUUUUCCAUUUCUUCCUUUUUCUUAUCACUAUAGUAAAAUUCCUCAAAUUUCUUAACUUUCCGCACCAACUUAACCCAUUCUUUCCUUUCUGGUGUUACACAUGAAAUCCAUUUUCUCAAAAUAUUAAUCUUGGCUAAACACAGUAACUUCAGGAUGAAUUCUUUAUAUUUUACAUUCCCAAUGUUUAAAUACAUAUUUUUUAUUUUUGAGCAAUCCCAUAACACGUGUUCGACAGUUCGAUUGCAGCCUAACCCCACCCCCAGUCACGCUCGGGGUAGAAUUGCAGAGUUCCCGGCCGGGCUGCACGAUAUAUCGCAAAAGCAAUGCGAUAUAGCGAUGCGGCCCCCCCCCCCCCGGGAAAACAUGCGAUGAUCUGCUCUG